GAUCGUUUUGUCGACAAUUUUCUUGUUUCGGUGACUCGGUUGGUUACUUACAAAUUUUCCUGACCAGAAUCGCAUCUUGCCUCAGAAGAAAUCCUCGCACAAACCCACCUAAGCGGAAGAGUUCUGGACUUUACCUUCAAUGGACGCUCUCAAUUAUAUUUUUGUAACAAAUCCUUUGAGUAAAGGUGUGUGGUCAGGUUUGGAUUCCGUGGUUAAAAGUGUGGGUCUGAAGCCGAAGGUAACUCAGGUGAAAACAAUGGCAACGCAGAUGUCCUCCGUCAGCCCACUGUGGAAGCUCGCCGGGAAGAAUCUCUACAUCAUCCGACUGGCAGGACUCAGUGGGGCUACGGCUAUCAUGUUGGGCGCCUACGGAGCUCACAGGAAUUGGGAUGAGUACGAUGAUCCAAAGGAAGCCGAUCAGGCGAAGAAAACAUUCGAGACGGCCAAUCGCUACCAUCAGAUCCACACUCUUGCCCUCGUUGCCAUUCCUCUUGUCCGCCGUCCAGUUCUGAGCGCCUGCCUCUUCAUGGUCGGGAUGGGCUUCUUCUGCGGCACUCUCUACUACCGCUCUCUCACUGGCAGUAAGAACUUCAAGCAUGUCGCCCCCGUUGGUGGAUGCUGCUUAAUCCUCGGCUGGCUCUCAAUGAUGUUUUAAUUAGAGCAAAAAGAAAAAAAAACUUUCCACACACAUUUUGAUUGAACAAAAAAGUUUAUUCAUGAAAUAAUGUUGCAAAUAGUUGGGAUUUUUUGGGAUACUGAAAUUUUGAUAUAUCCUUCAUGAAUCUUUGAGUUCUUUUUCUUUUUUAAUUAAUGUGUAAUUAAUUAAUUACGUAGAUUUAGUAAAUAAACGAGAUCAAAGCUCGAA